AUGACCAGCAAGCUCACUUUCCGCAUCGCGACUGAAGCCGACGCACCUCAACUUCAACGAUUAAUCGAAUCUGCAUUCCGCGCAGAUGACAGCCGAGAAGGCUGGACCGACAACCUAGGUCUCUCGUCCAGUUUCCGAAUCGAUGUCCAGGAAGUCUUAGCCAUGAUCACUAAGGCGGACACAGUCAUGCUGAUGGCAAUCAACGAUGAGAAAACGCUUGUCGGCUCAAUCGGGACAGCCAAGCGCGACGCCAACCAUGCUCGUCUCUUUAUGCUUGCUGUUGAUUCGAGCCAGCAGCACAGCGGUAUUGGACGUCAGGUUUUGGCGUACGCCGAAGACUAUUGUCGACAGACUUGGGGCGUUUCCACGCUGUGUUUGAACGCUCUUUCGAAUCGUCUGCAGCUUAUCUCGUGGUAUGAGCGUCGUGGAUAUGAAAAGACGGGCGAGGCGUCGCCUUUCCCGCGUGAGAAGUUCGAGGAGCUGGCGUUGCCUGAGGAUCUUUGUUUUGUUGAGUUUGAGAAGGGGUUGCGGUCUUUGUUUUGUUGA